UGAAAAAUGAGGCCAGGAGAAAUUUUUGAAUAGUUUAUUAGUUAGGCUUAAGAUUUUAUUCCUUAAAAGAAUUAGUCAUAUACUCUUUAGGAGGAUCUUAAAAUAAUUCUAGCCCUUAAAGAUAUCAAUAUAGUUCAAUCUAAAAAUUUUAGAGACAUUGAAGAGAGUUAAACAAUUAAAAGAACUUACAAUUCAAUAAAGAAUAGGUUUAAAAAUAACUUAUUAAUAGAUAUAUGGAUUAUUUGUAAAAUUUGACUGAAGAAAAUAUGGCAUAAAUAGCUUAACAUUUACAAUCAUAAGGAUUGGUGGGAUAUAUGUUAUUUAGUAAUACAUAACCUAGAAAAUUCUUAAAAAUAGUUUAAUUAGAUCCUAAGAAUAUGGAAAAGGAGAAAAAGAAAUUAGAAGAUGAACUUGAUUUGAAUAAAAUUUAAAAAGUUAAAGUUGAAAACAAAAAAUCAAAUGAUCCUACAUUUCCUAGAAAUGAUUUUGAUAAAUUUUCAAUAGAGGAUAUGGAUUAAGUUCUUAGUCUCUUAGCUGAUUAUAAAGGAGUUCCUAAAGCAUAUUUAGUUGAAAGAUUACAUUAAUUAAGUGGAAAUUUAGAAGACUUAGAUGGAUUUUUAAAAACAAAUGAUGACACAUAUUGUUUCUUAGAAGAAGAGGAUCAUUUAUUGAAAGAAGAUCAUAAUAAAGAAAGUCCAGCAAUUAGGCUGUUAAUAAGAAAGAAAGGCAUUUCAAGAGUUUAGAGAAGAUUAAAAUACUUAGGGAAAUGA